AUGCCCUUUCGCGCUGGAUCUGAAGUCCAAAAGACACUUGGCUCGCUGCAGUCUAAGGUCGCGACAAACAAGAAAUUUCUGGACCGUGUCCGGAGUGUCAUUCCAUCUGACCGCAAGCCUUCGGACAGGAGUCGAGUCAAGGCACUCGAAGUGUUCGGAACUCCUGAACUACUUGAACACAUUCUUCUCCAGCUACCGCCAUCGGACAUUCUCCGAUCACAGCAAGUUAGCAGGAGCUGGCGAGAUGGUGUGGAUGGUUCAGUGAGAAUUCAGCGCCGACUUGGUCUAGCUCCAAGCGCUACCGGUUUCUACUACUCACCACUGGAGAGACACUUCCAUCAUCCUUCAGACUACAUGCCGUUUCCUAUGCUGAAAUACAUCGCCAUCGAUGGCUGGAACCCGUACGAGAGAUUUGAUACAGCCCGUCCUGUGACGAAUGAGUUCAAGUUUGGGAUCGACAUCAAGUUGGACAAAGCGGUACACAUCGGCACGAGGUCCCAAGCAAUGCGGCUAUGUCAGGUGCCGGUGAAGGAGCUCUUCUUUGAGUUCUCGGACUAUGGUGACAGAUACAGGGAGCCGGUGCAUAUGGGCUACGAUUGGGUCGGUCCUAAGGAUCUCACAGUGGGAGCCCUCCUGGAUGAGAUUCAUAUGAUUCUGGAGAACGAGCAGUGGGCCUACGGAUUAGAUUGGAAGCAUCUGACUGUGGAAGUCGAGGCUAUCAUUGAGCUGGCAGACAACGACCCCAUCGUGCUGGGGCGGUGGGAGAGACACCGACAGGCACAGGAAAAUAUCGAAGCGCAAGAGCAGUGGAGACGUGCUCGCGAGGCGGAACAAAUGGCACAAGGGGCCUCUGGAUCUGAUGGCAACAGCUCGGACCCGAGUGCUGGCGGGAUCGGUGGAUGA